UUACAUUUAAUGUUUAAUUUUUCAGAGACCACUUACUUUAUUGUGAAAAUAAUUUCAGGAAGUCAUUCUGUUUCUAUUUCUGCUCGCUUGGUUGCAAAACUUUCUCCACUGAGUUCCACAGCAGAAGCCCGACGAGGGCAACAGAGAAGCCGGUCACUUUACUGGACAGCACCGCAGAGACUCACUGACGUGGAAACAUGCCUCUGCGGUUAGACAUCAAGCGGAAGCUGACUGCUCGGUCAGACCGGGUGAAGAGCACUGAUCUGCACCCCACUGAGCCCUGGAUGGUGGCAAGCCUCUACAGCGGCACUGUGGUGGUCUGGAACCACGAGACACAGAUGAUGGUGAAAACCUUCGAGCUGUGUGACCUGCCUGUCAGAGUGGCCAAGUUUGUAGCCAGGAAACACUGGGUCAUCGCUGGAGCAGAUGACAUGCAGAUCCGUGUGUUCAAUUACAACACGCUGGAGCGAGUUCAUAUGUUUGAGGCUCACUCUGACUACAUCCGCUGUAUCGUUGUCCACCCUACACAGCCCUACGUGCUCACCAGCAGUGAUGACAUGUUGAUCAAGCUGUGGGACUGGGACAGAAAGUGGACGUGCAGUCAAGUGUUUGAGGGACACACUCACUACGUCAUGCAGAUUGUCAUCAACCCAAAAGACAACAACCAGUUCGCCAGUGCAUCUUUAGAUAGAACUAUUAAGGUGUGGCAGCUGGGCUCCAGGACUCCCAACUUCACUCUGGAGGGCCACGAGAAGGGUGUGAACUGUAUUGAUUACUACAGUGGAGGAGACAAGCCCUACCUCAUAUCAGGGGCUGAUGACCGCCUGGUCAAGAUCUGGGAUUAUCAGAACAAAACCUGUGUUCAGACCCUGGAGGGUCACAACCAGAACGUGACCUGCGUCUGUUUCCAUCCGGAGCUGCCAAUCAUCCUCACCGGUUCCGAGGAUGGCACUGUGCGAGUGUGGCACUCCAACACCUACCGACUAGAAAACACGCUCAACUAUGGCAUGGAGAGAGUGUGGUGUAUUUGUGGCCAGCCUGGCUCCAACAGUGUGGCUCUGGGCUAUGAUGAAGGCACCAUCAUCAUCAAGCUGGGACGGGAGGAGCCAGCCAUGUCCAUGGACUCCAGCGGGAAGGUCAUGUGGGCUCGCCACUCCGAAGUGCAGCAGGCAAACCUGAAGGCCAUGGGAGAGACUGAGAUCAGAGAUGGAGAGAGGCUGCCACUGGGUGUCAAAGACAUGGGCAGCUGCGAGAUCUUCCCCCAGACCAUCCAGCACAGCCCCAAUGGGAGAUUUGUAGUGGUGUGUGGAGAUGGGGAGUAUAUCAUCUACACCGCCAUGGCCCUGAGGAACAAGAGCUUCGGCUCAGCUCAGGAGUUUGUCUGGGCCCAUGACUCAUCACAGUAUGCCACUAGAGAAGGCAACAGUAUGGUCAAAUUAUUUAAGAACUUCAAAGAGAAGAAGGCUUUUAAACCUGAUUUUGGGGCUGAAGGUAUCUUUGGUGGCUUCUUACUCGGAGUGAGGUCAAACAGCGGCCUGGCCUUUUACGACUGGGAGACUGCUGAACUGAUUCGCCGCAUCGAGAUCCAGCCUAAACAUAUCUUCUGGUCCGAUGGUGGGGAGCUUGUGUGUAUCAGCACAGAUGAGUCUUUCUUCGUGCUGCGCUACCUACCGGAGAGAGUGGCAUCAGCUCAGGAGUCCAAGGAGGAGAUAACGGAGGAUGGGAUAGAGGGCGCCUUCGAGGUGCUGGGUGAGGUCCCUGAGGUGGUGAAGACAGGAGUUUGGGUGGGAGACUGCUUCAUCUACACCAGCUCUCUUAACAGACUGAACUACUAUGUUGGAGGAGAGAUCAUCACCAUUGCUCAUCUGGACAGGACCAUGUAUCUGCUGGGCUACAUCCCCAAGGACGAUCGUCUCUACCUCGGAGACAAGGAGCUGAACGUCAUCAGCUACGCCCUGCUGCUGUCAGUGCUGGAGUACCAGACAGCUGUCAUGAGGAGGGACUUCAGCACGGCUGACAAGGUUCUGCCAACAAUCCCCAAGGAGCAGAGGACCAGGGUAGCCCACUUUUUGGAGAAACAGGGCUUCAGACAGCAGGCUCUGGCUGUGUCCACUGACCCGGAACACAAGUUUGAACUGGCCCUGCAGCUGGGAGAGCUCAAGAUAGCCUACCAAUUGGCUUCAGAGGCAGAGUCAGAGCAGAAAUGGAAGCAGUUGGCGGAGCUCGCGACGACAAAGUGCCAGUUCAGCUUGGCUCAGGAGUGUCUGCACCAGGCUCAGGAUUACGGGGGAUUAUUGCUGUUGGCCACUGCCUCGGGCAACGCCAACAUGGUGGGGAAGCUGGCCGAGGGGGCAGAGAGAGAUGGAAAGACCAACGUGGCCUUUCUCACCUACUUCCUGCAGGGAAGAUUGGACAAAUGUCUGGACCUUCUUAUUGAAACAGAUCGGUUGCCAGAGGCUGCGUUUCUGGCAAGAACAUAUCUGCCCAGCCAUGUGUCGAGGGUGGUGAAGCUUUGGAAGGAGAGUCUGUCCAAGGUGAACCAGAAGGCAGCAGAUGCUCUGGCUGACCCCACCCAGUACAGCAACCUGUUCCCUGGCCUCCAGCAAGCCGUGCUGGCUGAAGAGUACCUGAAGGAGACUCAUGUCAGGGUCAGGCCUGCUGCAGAGUACCCACUUAUCAUGCCAAAUGAGGACCGUAAUGUUCUGGAGGAAAUUGCAGGUUUUGUGCCCAAGGGAGAGAUCACUGAGCCGGAGGCAGUGGUGAGCAGCAUAACUGAAACCGUCAUGGUAGCAGCAAUGACAGAGGCUGUAGCUGCAGAAACAGCAGCAGUGGAGGAACCCAUUCCAUUAAAACAGGAGAUUAUUGAUCCUGUCUCAGCAGCAGCAGAAGAAUCCAUCCCAAAAGCAGCAUCCCCUCUGCCUGUGCCUGUCACAGUAGUAGAGGAGCAUGUUGAACCAGAGCAAGCAGAAUCUGUUUCUUCUGAGGAGGACGUCAUCGCUAAAUCAGAGGAGGCAUCAGUCUCUGUAGAGGAAGACAUUGUAGAGUCCACCACAGAGAUCGCCCCCGAAGAGCCAGAGGUGGUACAGUCCAACCUCAUGGAAGAUGUCACAUCAUCAGUUGAGGCAGAUGUUCAGGAAAUUUCUCCAGCUGCUGAUGCUGUGCCUGCUGCCUGUGUAUCUGAAACAUAUCUCAUGGAGACAACAUCAGAAACCAUCGUGGCUACAGAAGAAACGCCAGUGACAACAGAAACCACAGCAACAGAUGCCCCAGUUAGCACUGGUCUGUUAGUUGAUACUGAUGUAACAGAGUCUAUAGCAACUGGCGAAGUGCCUGUUAAUGAAGAACCAGAAGCACCAGUCAUCGUAGAAACAGCAGUAAAGGAGACUCAUGUCUCAGAGGAACUUGUUACAGAAGCAGCAGCACAACCAGUCGCAGUAGAGGAGCUCAUCUCCUUUGAAAACACAGCCAGUCUGUUGCCAAAUGAGCCUGUCCACCCCCCAACCUUUCCAGAUUUUGCCCUUGAUCCACUGCUGGACCCACUCGAAAAUACAAUGCCAGCAUUGACACCAGUCUCGGCACAAGAACCCGAACAAGAGGAACAAACUGCAACACUCCCAGUAAAGCCUGAGGACAAGCUGGAGCCUGCUGUGCCACUACAGGCUGAGCCAGAGGUUUUAUCCCCAGUAGCAGCUCCCACAGAGGGGAACAUAGCGAAGGAGGAGGUGGCAGGUUCUGAGGGAGCUGAGAAACUUGCUGCAGAGAGUCUCGAGGCAGAGCUUAAUGAUGAGAUCCUGGAUGAUCUGGAUCUGGACAAUUUUGACCUGGAAGAUAUCGACACCACAGAUGUCAACCUGGAUGAUGAACUGUUGAGUGAAUAGGAAGAGGAAUCAACCAUGAACCAAACUUUUCAGUGACCAAAGAAUACAAAGGGCUGUUUUCCAGCAGACUAAAAUGUCUUUAAGCUUAAUUUACAAGCAUUUGCUUACUUGGUUGUGAACUGAAGUAGUAUAAUAAGAUGUACCUUAUCUGGUUUUUGUAAAUUUGUGGUACUGUGGGCCUAAAUUGUUCAAAAGUACACUUCCAAGAGGGCAGGUUUAACCUCAAAUUAAGCUGCAGAUGUGACAUGUCCAGGCUGUACUUAAACCCAACCUGUGAGACCAAACCCGUGCAGUGGCACUCUGUAGUGAAAGUAAUUAAGGGUAGAUUUAAAGGUACAUAAAUGUGUCAAAGGAGAAAAAAGGACACGAUAUAGUCGGGUGUGUUUGGAAAUAUGGGAUAGAUUAUGGUCAGUUAAAAAAUCCACCUCAGCCUGUUGUUUGUGACCUCAUUUUAAACCACAUUUGCUGCUUAAACAAUACUGCCACCACCAUGACAGCUCGUGUAAGACUUCCUUCACAUCUCUAAUUUAGUAUCAUCAGUUUACAAUCCAUAUUUUAGGGGUAGAAUGUUUCUCAUCUCUUGGUGCUUUAGCUGACUGCAGUGUGCCCCAGCAUGGAAAGUGAUGAAGAAUCUCUCUGUUCUUCCUCCUCAUAUCCCACACAGUAACACCACUGUUGAUCAGGGUGUUCUCCAAGCCAGUGAGGAAUUCUUCAAGUUUGAAUACAGCUUUUAUUCUUGAAGUGAAAUUUAACCAUUUUUCUCUAACAUUCCUGCUGGAGUUAAAUAAGAGCAGUAUUUUUUGAGUUUCUAUCUGGAACUUGGCUGCCUCGUGUCUUCUGGGUACCAUGAUUUUUAUAAAUAGUAUGUAUUCAAAAACAAGCCCACAAUUUGGACAAAUCUCCCAUUUGGUGAUAUCCAGUGUCUCCAUUACCUCUUUUUUGCUGAUGUCAUAAUAGUUUGGUGCAUCUUUACCUCUCAAAGCUUGAAUCAACUGACUCAUAUGAAAUCUUCAUCUGUUACAAGUGCCUUAGGUGUGUUAUUUUUUAAAGACUGUUUUCCCCUUUUCUUAAAAAGGUUGGAUGUACUGUGUUUCCACACUUGAAAAGUGAAUUAAAUAAGCUUCAGUCAAUAAAGCCUUGUAUGUUA